GUGAUUUUUUUUCUCCCUAGAUAAUUGUACAAAUUUUUCUCAUUGUUUGCUGGAGUUUUAGUUAUUUUGUCUCACUUAUUUAACAUAUUUUUAUGGACAUUUGGACUGUACGUGUGCAUAGCAAAUUAUGGCCAAUAUUCCUUGAACGCGGACUAGCGAAAUCCUGUCGGUCGCGCAGCUGUCUCGGCGCUGAAAAAUUGCAUAAGAAUUACUCAUCGAUAAAUAUUAUUAAGAACGAUUCAACUGAUUUUAUAAUCAACCUGUUUAUCAGUAAAAAAUUGUUCUAAAAAGGCUACGUUACUCGUUAGAAAAUUCAAGAUGUUGUCCAGGAGGCUGCUUCAAAAGAGGGAAUGCUGGCAUCAACUCCAGUCCUAUGCAUCUGUUCUACCUCCCUGCUCUCACCUUACUCAAUAUUCCACUUCCAGACACUGCAAAAAGUAUGAGAAAAAGUUGUUAGAGAGUAAUUUUACUUUGUCUCAUCCUCAUUGUAACUGGCAAAAAAUCUCAACUAUUGCCAAAGAAGAUGUUAAAGAAGAUGACAGAAAUGCUGCUGCCACUUGGAUUACUGAUGACAACUCUGCUCUUGAGAAGCCAACCAUCUCACAAGGCAUUGAGUCAAAAAUAAGAAGAAAUGGAGCUUUCAGACCAAGAUUUCACAGCUACCAAAUUCCUUCAAGUGCACACCAGUCACAUCUUUAUUCCAAUCACAAUUUAACAGGAAUAAAUAAUAAUUCACUGAAUUUAGUUAGAACUUCCCGCCCCGGAAUGCUGGGUGUUGCAAGGCCCAUUGGUUUUUUGUGGGAUACAUAUUCACCUUCUCACUCCUCCCUCGCUAUAUCAGCACAAGGCCCUGCUAGCCCAUACCAAGACUUAUCAAACUCCAAUGAGCUAACGGUUAGCAUCUCCAAUUUCAAUCCUGAAAUUUAUUUUACCUAUGAUUCAGAUCUCAGAAAUGGAUUAAUUUCAAAAAGGUUUUUCCAUACAACCACAUGCUUUCUAGACUCCAAACCUCCAUCUUCUCAAGUGGAAGUUACUGUCAAUGCCUUGAAAGAGAAAGCUGAAAGUCUGAAUCAAGAGAAGAUAGCAGCCAGUGCCAGCAAGGAUGCAAGUCAAGCUCCUAUUGUUACAACCGCUGCUGCAAUGCAGAAUGAAGUUCCCACCGCUUCCCCCACGCGAUCCGAGACCAUAAACCUAGCUAUUGCUAAAUCAGCUCCUCCUCUGCCUUCUGUUGUUGCAGAAAAGAAGUCUCUGUGGACUCGUAUUAAAGCAGAGGCAGUUCAUUAUUACCAUGGCUUCAGACUGCUAUUCAUUGACACCAAAAUUGCACUGAAGUAUUGCUACAGAAUUCUGAAUGGUGAAAAGCUGUCAAGAAGAGAGCACAGACAGUUGGUGAGAACUACUGGGGACUUAUUUCGUUUGCUGCCCUUCUCUGUGUUCAUCAUUGUUCCCUUCAUGGAGUUUCUGCUGCCCGUGGCCCUGAAGCUUUUCCCUGGCAUGUUGCCCAGUACCUUCGAGACUGCAAAUGAGAAGGAGGCAAAGAUGAAGAAACGUUUGAAAGUGAAACUGGAGAUGGCAAAGUUCUUGCAAGAGACGCUCGACAGCAUGUCUCUGCAGUCCAAAGACCACCACUCCAAAAGUGCUCAAGAAUUCGUACUAUUCUUUGAAAAGGUACGACGCACAGGAGAGGUAGUGAGCAAUGAAGAGAUCCUCAAGUUCAGCAAGCUGUUCGCCGACAGCAUCACCCUGGACUCACUGUCUCGCCCUCAACUCACGGCGCUCUGCCGGCUGCUGGAGAUGCAGACUUUUGGCACUAACAAUUUCCUCAGGUUCCAGCUGCGUAUGAAGCUCCGCUCACUCGCUGCUGACGAUAAGUUGAUCGCUGUGGAGGGAGUGGACAGCUUGUCAUCGUGGGAGUUGCAGCAGGCGUGUCGGUCUCGAGGCAUGAGAGCUUACGGCAUGACGGACACCAGACUCAGGGUUCAGCUGCAGCAGUGGCUCGAGCUCAGUCUUGAUAAGAAGGUUCCACCAUCGCUGCUGUUGCUCUCGCGCACGCUCUACCUGCCAGAUACUCUGGACGCAAACGCUUCACUUGCCGCCACCAUCUCGCAACUGCCCGACGAAAUCAAAACACGUACGAAAGCUGCUAUUGGCAAGCGUGAAGGAAAGAUCGACAACCGAACACGCCUCGAAGUGAUCCAAGUGGAGGAAAAGCGAAUCGAGGAAGACAAGAAGGACAUGCAGGAGGAGAAGAAGAAGAAAAUGCUCGAAGAAGCCAAAAAGAUGGGAGAGGUGAGGGUGGACUAUCACGAGGAGCUCGGCAUCGGAGAGGCGGAGGUGGUGUCCGUGGCCCCGGCGUCACCUGCAGUCGGCGCUGCUGCUGCUGAGGCCGUCGUCGCGCAGGCUGUCAAAGUGACCAAGGCUACCGUCACCCCCGCCGGCGAAAUAAAGGAAGACAAGGAAGAGCUCGUUGACCGCGCCCCUGUGCUGGUGGACACUGCCGAGGAGCUGCGCCUCGAGAGAGAGGAUCAGGAGCUUAAACUUGCUGACCACAAACUCGCGGAAGAGAAGGCCAAGAAGGAGAAGUCUGAAGAGCUAAGCAGCGAAGAUUUGGCUGAGGUUGAGGAAGCCCUCGAGACGCUAGGGACGAAGCAGCGGCGCCUGCUGAUCGAGGAGCAGGAGCUGCUCGACAUCAAGGACGAGCUACGCGACUACCAGGAGGACAUCGAGGACUUCAAGCAGGUUGUAGCGCAAUUCCCCGAGCGCACGGACCUGCGCGAGAGCAAGGCAGCGCGCCGCCUCUUCGCUAAGGUGAACCGCCUCAUCGCCAAGACGGAGCCUGUCAUCGCCGCGCUCAACGCCAAGACCGAGGAGAUGCAUAAGGUCGUCGAGGCUGGACAAGCCACCAAACUCCAGAAGACGACGCUGGUGAACCUGGAGGACCUGGUGACGCACCUUCGUCAGGUCGCUGACGCGCCGGACUCGGCCAAGCUGCAGGUCAUCAUGGAGGUCCUCUCCACCAUGGACACCGACAACGACGGCUCCAUCAAGCUGGAGCACAUCCUGAAGACGAUCGAGCUGUUAUCAGAGGACCAGGUUGAGGUGCCGCGCAAGGUGUUCGAGGAGGUGGUGCAGGCGAUGGCGAAGGAAGAGCAGCUCGAGACUAAGACCGUCGUACAGACCGCCAUCAAAGCCGUCGCUGCCUCCAAACUUGGUGCCGACACGCCUCCUGCUGCUCUUGAUGCUCCAGAUGCUGGAGUUGCUGAGCAGAAGCAAUUGUAGAAUAUUGCACGGGUAUCUUAGGAUAGAAAACGAUGUAAAGUUUAAAUUGUAACGCUUCCGCUGCCCGAAUUUGAUAUGUUGCCAUCAAUGCUAGUGCAUCUGAAAUCCCUGAACAGACACCUGUGUUAAAAGUGUAUCGGUGUUGGAUGUGAUGAACACGAGUCAGUUCGAAACAACUUUCAUUUUCCGUGUUGCCAAUGAACGAAGGGAAGAGCAAGUCACCUCUGCAUGCAACCUGAUAACGUUGUUGUCGUUGUUGUUCUCGAUUGUGUUAUGCAGAAAGUAGUGUAAAAUAGUAAAAUACUAUAUUUUUGGUUGUGCAGAACGAAAACAAAAGCCGUUGCUCAAGGCCAUGUCAUUUAAGCAUUGGUACAUUUUGAGCUCAACUUGUUCGAGUUUCAAUACUACUUAAAUGUAUAGCAGUUCAGUGUCGCAGUUGAAUGCAAAAUUUCAGCAAGCACCUACUAUAUCAUCUACCUUCAAUGCCACACAAGUCGCCACUCAGCAGCUACUGCACUUAACUUGCCGCUUGUCAAUAAAUAAUAAAUUCGUAUGAUACUGGGCAGAAUUACGAUUUGUAGGGUUAGAUUGCCAAAUUACAUGUAAGAAGCUUGUAAAGUUAGUUGGUUUGACGGUAUGCAGAUGGAGGCAGUCUAUUGUAUUUUUGCUUCUCCGUUUUCAUUUGUAACAUCUGAAUAAAAUUAAGAGAAGUCGCAAUUGAAAAUUCCAUGCUAUUAGCGUUUUCCUAAUUUGUUCUUCAUUCAAUUUUAUUUGUCCGACCUUGAAAAGUUUUGUGUGUCAUAAAUUCAAGCUUCCCUUCAAAAUCUGGAAGUUUAUUGACCUUUGCCGCCCUUCUGAUGCUAUAGCGCCGAUGUUGCUACUAAUAAAUGUUUCGUUUAUUACAGUUUACCUUACUUGGUAACUUUUUGCAAGCAACAUUUUUAUUUAAAAUUUGUGUCUGCCACAAUUGGCAGGUAAUCGAGCAAAAUUUCUCUUGUAAGCUGCGGUUAAAAUCUCAUUGUUUGCAAUCAAGCCUGCCAUUAGAUGACAUGUCAAACGUUCCUGGCUUAUUAUUGAUAAAUACUAGUACGUGUCAUGAAUGGAAGCAACUCUUUAUUAAUUAAUCCUAAAACAAUGAUAAUUUGAGUAACAUAUGUCAAUGUAAAUUAUCACAUUAUAUGUAUAUACAAUAUCGCCACUUGUAUUACAACGCUUGAGGCUCUUGCAGUUAGGCGAUCGGCCUGUUCGAAAUACUUAAUUACAAAUGCUUUAGGAUCUCAUUUAGAAAUUCUUCUAUUACUAAUCUAUAGAAGGUACAACUCACCCCGAGUGAGGCUCAAACUUUGAGGUUUAAUACAGACAAUACAAUUUUCUUGCUGUUUUCCUGUGUUAACUGUUGUUGUUCGGUGUCAUCCUCGGGUUAUAUUUAUUUGAUUCUAUAUGGUACUGGGUGAUUAUAUAUACCCUCAUCGAUUCUCGUUUCACUGUCGCAUUUUACUUUGAUUUAUCCUCAUUUUUUUGUGUAGUGUUAUCGUUGAACACCCUUGCCUUAAUUUUAAUUUAUUAUUUGUGCUUUUGUUCAGAUAUUUUGUUGAUCUUUUUCGUCUUCACUGUGGUAUUUUUAUUUUUAGGAAUCUAAUGUAUUGCGCUUUGUUGUCUGUCCUGACUAUUCAUAUUUGAAUUGUAUACAAUGUUUCCAAAAAUUCUCCUGAGAUUUACCGAGCACAUUUCGGUGCGCUUUUGAAAAUGAAACUUCUACAAUAUAUUAACGUCUUCAUUACCUGACUGCUGUAGGUGCUUUCGGGGUCUUAUGAGAUACUCUCAACUGUCGAGGCUUGAGUCUCUGCUUUGUGUUGAAGCUCUCCUGGACUUGGGAGGUAAUCGAGCAAGCUUUCUCUUGUAAGUUCCGGAGUGUAAAAGUUUAAAAUGCUCAUCUGCGAAUAAAUCCUUGUAUUAUAAAAUCGUUAUCUUACUUGAAUAUUCUAGUUGUUAUUCAUUUCCCUUAAAUACGAAAAUAAUUUUUUCAUUUUCAUUAUUUUCAAAUGCUUCCCAGUCUCUGCGUGCAGAUGUGAAGUCUUUUUUUCACGCUUACAAAUUAUUUCAAUUAUCUCGUCAGUUCCGGUAAUCUUAAAUUCGUUUUCUCUUACUUACUUUCUCUCUCUCUUACUUUCUCUUUCUUACUUACACACAUUAGAAUUAAUUAAUUUGAAAAAAUUUAUCAUCGUUUCCUUUUAAUCAGAAAUUUAUUUUAAAAUUAUGUUAGUUUUGAUUUCUAUUUCGUUGACCUCUAAGGACAGACGAGUAUAACUUGUCUACUAAUUAAACCAUUUUGUCAUCUGUUGACCUUAUAUCGUUGACAGUAUUCUUCGUUCCCCGUUUUGUUUAUCAAGAUAUAUUAAUAAUGAUCAAUAAUGUCUAAAAUAAUCAUCAUGAAGUGUAAUUACUUGCUAUCUUCUUACAUCAAAUCGAGAUAUUACAUGCGCCGAAUUUUUUCUCUUCCCAUGUUGCCGGGACUGAAUCCAUCUCGGUGAGUUUUAUACCAGAAAUGUAUAUUUUUAUGAUAUCUUGUAUUUUCCCGUGCCCAAUUUCGCAUGAAUUUUGUAUUCGUAUACUAAUACGUACAUUCGUUAUCUCCCUUCUCAAUAUCCACGGAUUUCUCCUAUUAGUUGCAGGAGGUUAAGCGUUAUAACAACAGCGAUGAUCUCUGCGUCUUGUCUCAAUUUUGCAUUUAUUCCUAAUUACGUUUACGUAUAAUAUGGUUUUCCUUUUUUUGUUGAUUUUUAAAAUCUAAACAGAGUCCAAGAUGACCUGAAUAUUAAAAGGUAAUUUCACUACAGCAAAUCCGGGCUCGCUGGUUCGAAAUGAACUAAUAGAUCACAUAAAUACUACUGAAAUAAUUAUCGCGUAUAUUUUCGUAUUGUUAUUAAUUGUCAUGUAUCUGAAAAAUGUUUCAUUUGUUCUUCUAUUUCGCCAUAACUUUAGAAGUUUAAUUGCUUCUAAGCUAUCGCUUUUAUUCAAAUGUGAAAACCGAGCUUAUUAGCUUCAAGCCUUUACACAUUGAUGCACGCCCAGGGUGCCAACUGUCCGACUAAAUUAUAUGACUUCAUACUAUAUACAAUUAUACGUACAACUUAAACUUCAAGUAUGUAUAUUCACAUGCGCUCGACAUGGCUUACAAAGUUCAUAAUCGACUUACAUUCAAAUUAAAUUUAUAUAAUUAUGUACAUAAGUCUAAGUGGUAUUCACAUGCACCACUGCCGUCUGGAAUCGGUUGGUUAAAGGUUUGGUGACAUGUAACGUGAUUCAAUAUAAAAAGAUCUUAUUUUCCGAACACCACAGAACAUUAAUUGUCUGCAUGUAUGUGAUGAGCGAAAGUCGACUCGACUGACCAUUGCAUCACCUGGCCAUUUUUUCCUUUAUUAUAGAAACGUUGACGGCAUUUAAAGAAUAAUGGCUGAUCUUUAAUGAUGACUUUUUGUAUGGAAAUUAUUCUCGGAAAUCCUUCUCUUUCUCUUACGGUUCUCAAGGUAAAAUGGCGCCUCUUUUCUUAGUAAAUACGCCAGGAACUGUGGCUAGUUGCCGCCAUCUUGUCCUUCAUGAGUCCUGUAGUUGUUAUUGACUUCGUUGAACCACAAUAAAGAAAUAUAUAUGCCA